AUGCGUAUCGAGGAGCUGAUCCUGGAUGGUUUCAAGUCAUACCCUGUACGGACGACCAUCAAAGGCUUCGAUGAGUCUUUCAACGCCAUCACAGGGCUCAACGGUUCGGGCAAGUCGAAUAUCCUCGAUGCGAUUUGUUUCGUCCUGGGUAUCACGAACAUGCAAUCUGUCCGAGCCAACAACCUGAUGGACCUAAUCUACAAGCGUAGAGGACAAGCGGGCGUCACGAAGGCAGCCGUCACUCUCGUCUUCAACAACACCGACCGUUCCACCUCUCCACAGGGCUUCGAGAAUGUCCCCGAAAUAACAGUCACGCGCCAGAUCUCCGUCGGCAACAUCUCGAAAUACCUCUUGAACGGACACAAGUCGACCCUCCAGAACCUCCAAAACCUGUUCCAGUCGGUUCAGCUCAAUAUCAAUAAUCCGAACUUCCUCAUUAUGCAGGGGAAGAUCACAAAGGUGCUGAACAUGAAGCCGGCGGAGAUUUUGGGGAUGGUGGAAGAGGCGGCGGGGACGAGGAUGUUUGAGGAGAGGAAGGAUAAGGCGGUCAAGACUAUGGGGAAGAAGGAUAAGAAGGUGGAGGAGAUUGAGAGUCUUUUGAGAGAAGAGAUUGAUCCGAAGCUCGAGAAGCUGAGAGGGGAGAAGCGGUCGUACCUCGAAUAUCAAAAAGCUACUUCAGAGCUCGAACGUCUAACCCGGCUGGUCAAGGCGUACGAGUGGACUUUGGCGGUGGACAAAGUGAAGAAGGCGGAGGAGAACCUGGGGAAGAAGACGAAAGAUGCCGAGAGCCAACGAGAGGAGGUCGAGCGGGGUGGAAGGGAGUUGGAGGGGAUGGAAGGAGAAGUCGCGGAGAUCAAGGCGAAGAGGGAGAAGGAAAUGGCGAAAGGUAGUAAAGUACAGGCAUUGACAGACGCGGUCAAUGCGCUGGAUAACGAGCUGGUCAAGACCAAGACUCAGCUGGAUAUCAAAGAGGGGACGGUCAAGGAUGAUCUGAAACGGGUCGAGGCGGCCAAGAAAGCUGUCAAGGAGCUGGAGAAGAGUCUGGAGGAGAAGCGUAACUCAACCACUACCGAGACCGCCGCUUUCGCCGGCUUCCGUCUUGCGUUCGAUACCGCCGCUGCCGACCUCGCCAAGAUUGAAGAGCUGCUCCAGACGCUCUUGACCGGUCUUUCAUCCUCUGCUACCGACACUGAAGGCGCUUCCGGGGGAUAUAUGGGACAAGUGGCGGAAGCCAAAGCGGCGCUGGCGGCCGCAGGGACGGAGGCGGAGCAGGCGAAAGUGAAGAUAGGGCUGGCGGAGAAGGAGAUCAAGGAGAAGGAGCCGCGGGCGAAGAAGGCGGCCAAGGAGGGGGAAGGGCUGUUGAAGGAAUUGGCGAGUCGGAAGGGGGAGGUCGGGGUUUUAGAGAAGAGAGUAGCGGGGACGGGAUGGGAUGAGGGGCGGGAGAGGGAGAUGGAAGAGCGAAGACGAGGGGCUUCGGAGAAGUUGGUGGAUCUCAUGGAGACUCGCGACAAUCUCAAGUCUCGCCUGGCUUCCACGGAUUUCACCUACUCUGAUCCACAUCCGAACUUUGACCGCUCGCUCGUCAAAGGCCUGGUAGCCAACCUGAUCGACUUGGACGAGGCCAACUACAAGUCGUCGACCGCGCUUGAGAUCUGCGCGGGCGGGAAGCUGUACAAUGUCGUGGUGGAGGAUGAGAAAGUCGGCAGUAUGUUGCUGGAGAAGGGCAAGUUGAGGAAACGGGUGACGAUCAUUCCUUUGAAUAAGAUCAAUGCGUUCAAGAUGUCUGCAGAGAAAAUCGCCGCAGCGCAGAACCUCGCACCUGGCAAAGUCAACCUCGCGCUCUCACUCAUCGGCCACCCCGCGUCCGUCUCCGCCGCCAUGGCCUACGUUUUCGGUGACGUCUUCAUUUGCGCCGACAAGACCUCCGCCCAAGCUGUUACCUUCAACAAGUCGGUCGGUGUCCGGUCCGUCACGCUCGAAGGGGACGUGUAUGACCCGUCCGGAACACUAUCAGGCGGAGCUGCACCGAGCUCGGGCGGCGUGCUUGUGCAGGUACAGAAGCUCAAGGAGGUGGAGAGGGAGAUUGCGCAGUGCAAGGGGGUAGUAGAUGAGGUGAAUAGGGAGUUGGAGGGUGGGCGGAAGGUUGCGGAGGCGGCCAAGAAGGAUAGGCGGGAGUUGGAGUUGAAGAGGCACGAGGUGGGGUUGUUGGAGGAGCAGGUGAAUGGGUCGAAUGCGACCAAAAUCAUUGCCGAGGUGGAGACUGCCAAAGCGUCCCUGGCGGAGCUGAAGCAGAUCGUGGAUCAGUCCAAAGAGAAGCAGAAAGUUGCUCAAGCGGAAGUCAGGCGAUUGGAGAAGGAGAUGGCGGAUUUUAAGAACAACAAGGACUCCAAGCUGAACGAGAUCAAGGCCGAGAUAGCAAGGAAGAAGAAGGAUCAGACGAAGCGGAGCAUCGAGAUGAAGAGUCGGCAGAAGCAGGUGCAGACUGCCGAGUUGGAGCUUCAACAACUCGAGACCGACGUGGAGAGCGCAAAGGCAGAAAUCGAGGAGGCGGAAUCUGGAGCGGGCAAGUCGAAGGCUGAGCUGGAAGCGCUCAAGGAGACACUCAAGGUGCAGAAGGCCGACUACAAGGCCGUCGAGGCCAAGCUCCAAUCAGAACGCGCAGUCCUCAUUGCCUUCGAUACUGAGCUAGCCGAUCUCGAGAAGGAUAUCAAGAAGAAGAAGCGGGAAAUAUCGGAUGCCGAGCUGGCGGUCAAGAAGCUGGAGCAUGAGCUCGCGUCGGCCGUCAAAGAGAAGUCGGGGGCGGAGGCGUUCCGGGAGGGUCUCGAGAGGCAGUUUAGCUGGAUCAAGGAGGAUUCCGGAUACUUUGGAAAAUCGGGUACACCGUAUGACUUUCAAGGUGUCAACCUCCCCCAGGCUAGGGAACAGUGUCGCGAGCUCGAGGCGACCCAGAAGGGCAUGGGGCGGAAGAUCAACACGAAGGUCAUGAACAUGAUUGACAAUGUGGAGAAGAAAGAGCAAGCACUCAAGAAGAUGAUGGCGACUGUCCUGAAGGACAAGGCGAUGAUUGAGGAUACGAUCCAGGAGCUAGACCGGUAUAAGCGGGAUGCGCUCGCCAAGACCUGGGAGAAAGUCAACAUUGACUUCGGUCUCAUCUUCGAGGAGUUAUUACCUGGGAACUUCGCCAAGCUCCAGCCGCCAGAAGGGCAGGAUCUGACAGAGGGGCUCGAGGUGAAAGUGCGACUGGGCAGUGUUUGGAAGGCGUCCCUGACGGAAUUGUCCGGUGGACAACGAUCUCUCAUCGCCCUGUCACUGAUCAUGUCGCUGCUCCAGUUCAAGCCGGCACCCAUGUACAUUCUGGACGAAAUCGACGCUGCGCUCGACUUGCAACAUACACAACAUAUCGGUCAGCUCUUCCGGAAUCGAUUCAAGGGGAGUCAGUUCAUCGUGGUCUCGCUCAAAGAGGGGCUGUUCACCAACGCCAAUGUCCUCUUCCGCGCGCGAUUUAGAGAUGGUACCAGUGUCGUCGAACGCACGGAAAGAAGAAGUCAGAACGCGCUGUAUACCGCGGACAAGGAGAAUAGGGAAGAUGCGGCGGGUGGAGGGGGAGCUGCAGGAAGAGGGAAGGGACGGGCGGGGCCGUCUGGCUCGGCAAGACCCGCUGUUGCAGUCAGAUAG